CACUGGGAGGUCUUCCAGAAGGUGACAGAGGUCUUCAUCCUGGUGCCUGCGCUGCUGGGGCUCAAGGGGAACCUAGAAAUGACCCUGGCGUCAAGACUGUCCACCGCAGCCAACAUUGGACAAAUGGACACCCCCAAGGAGCUCUGGCGUAUGAUCACCGGAAAUAUGGCCCUCAUCCAGGUGCAAGCCACGGUGGUGGGCUUCCUGGCAUCCAUUGCAGCUGUAGUCUUUGGCUGGAUCCCUGAUGGACACUUCAGUAUCCCACAUGCCUUCCUGCUGUGUGCCAGCAGUGUGGCCACGGCCUUCAUCGCCUCCCUCGUGCUGGGCAUGAUCAUGAUUGGAGUCAUCAUUGGCUCUCGCAAGAUUGGAAUCAACCCAGACAACGUGGCCACACCCAUUGCUGCCAGCCUGGGUGACCUCAUCACCUUGGCGCUGCUCUCAGGCAUCAGCUGGGGACUCUACCUGGAACUGAGUGAUACUGAGGCCACCGAGAGUGGCUCAGAGCACUGGCGAUACAUCUACCCCCUGGUGUGUGUCUUCUUUGUGGCCCUGCUGCCUGUCUGGGUGGUGCUGGCCCGACGGAGCCCAGCCACAAGGGAAGUGUUGUAUUCAGGCUGGGAACCUGUCAUCAUUGCUAUGGCCAUCAGCAGUGUGGGAGGCCUCAUCUUGGACAAGACUGUCUCAGACCCCAACUUUGCAGGGAUGGCUGUCUUCACACCUGUGAUUAAUGGUGUUGGGGGGAAUCUGGUGGCUGUACAAGCCAGCCGCAUCUCUACCUUCCUCCACAUGAAUGGGAUGCCGGGGGAAAACUCUGAGCAAGUUCCUCGCCGCUGCCCCAGUCCCUGCACCACCUUCUUCAGUCCUGAUGUGAAUUCCCGUUCAGCCCGGGUCCUCUUCCUCCUUGUGGUCCCAGGACACCUGGUGUUCCUCUACACCAUCAGCUGUAUGCAGGGUGGGCACACCACCCUCACACUCAUCUUCAUCAUCUUCUACAUGACAGCUGCACUGCUUCAGGUGCUGAUUCUGCUGUACAUCGCAGACUGGAUGGUGCACUGGAUGUGGGGCCGGGGCCUGGACCCAGACAACUUCUCCAUCCCGUACUUGACUGCUCUGGGGGACCUACUUGGCACUGGGCUUCUGGCACUCAGCUUCCAUGUCCUCUGGCUUAUUGGGGACCGAGACACAGAUGUCGGGGACUAGCUUAGCCACUCAUCCUUUUCCCCAUCCCUUUGCACUUUCUGUUUGGGAAUUUCUGUUUUGUUCCUCCAUCCCUACCCCACCCUAUAUUCCACCUCUUUCUGGGACUUCACUUUGAUACCAAAUUCUCAUUAUUUUCAAUGGGAAUUUUUAUACAUUUAGCUAAGUUUGGAUAGCAAGAAUCCAGGAAGGAUGGAUGGACUGAGAUAAGCAGAACAAGUAGACUUUUGAGACAAUCACCAAGUGCAAUUCCAUGGUGGGUGCCUCCAGGUGAGGUGGAUUGGGAAAGGAGGGGAUUCUGUCUAGAAUCUGAGGACAUUUGGUUUAGCUUUAGGAACUUCAGUCUCGGCCCUAAUGAGAAAUCCUAUGUGAAUGGGCUCUGGGUUUUGUUUUUUCAGUUCUUUUUGGCUGAACAGAGGCAUGGGUAACACUCCCCCGCCACACACACCUACUUUUGUAGAAAUGGACCAACUUCAAAGCACUGGGCAGGAAGCAGCUGCCUUAGGCUUCCUAUAAUCGUACCUUGUUCUCUGCUCUCUGGACUUGGCCUUCUUGCUCUCAGAGUCAAGGUGACUGACCAUUUGAUUUGUACACAUGACUUGCCAGCUGUCUGAUGAACAUCACCAACCUCCCUCUGAUUGUUUUCCAGUUGGAUGUCUCAUCCAGGAGGAGAUGAGCAGUGGCUUGGGCUCCCUGUGGAUCCAUGUCACUCAUAGGUUUCCCAAGAUCCACAUCCUCCCUGGGCCCAGAGGACUGAGUCUGUCUCUGUUCAACCCUCCUCUAAGCACUCCCUUUCCCCCCAGAGCUUGCCAGGUGGGGUUCCAAGAUUAGGGACAAAAUAAGGACAUGUGAAGAAUGUCUUGGAGGUUGAGGCAACCAGAGGUGUUUUAUUGUAUUGCUGCUGUUUCUCCUGAAUACAUAAUCACGGGGUCACCUUGGCCUCUGUCACUUCCUAAAAGCACUCCUAUUGUGCUAUGAAGGUCAGUUGUCCUCUCUUGGCUUCUGCCUGCAGACAUUCAUCAUUCAUUCACUCAUUCAGCAAAUAUGCAGCCUCCGCAAGAUGAGCUCUUCUGCAAGCAUGGUCUGAGACAUUCAUUGAGCAAUAUUUAUUGGGUACCUACUAUGUAUUAGGGGUACUGUGCUGGCACUGACUAGCCAGUGGUAAGGAAUCACAGCUCUAACCUCACCUCAUUGCCCAGGUUUCAGAGGUCAUGUGCCCCUUUCAGUCUGGCAGAGAAAGUUCUCUUGUAGGUAUUUUUCUACUUCACCAAGCAAGGUAUUAUUGCCUUGUUCUCCCUCCAGACCCCAACUUUGCUGUGAUGGCCGCAGCUUGAGCUAUCAGCCCCAUUGCUCAACCAGUGUUUGUGUCCCUAAACUAUUCUUCUUCCCCUUCCCUUAACUCUGUACCAUACACCCAAAAGAAGAUUUAGAACCAGCAAGCUGGACCUCAACUGGAUGUUUCUACAUCUCUCUGCCUAGCAGAAAAUUGGGAGAAAACUGGAGCCUCUGCCUCUUCCCCACAUGUUACUCCAAACAGCUCAGAAAACUGUCCACACUCCAAGAUGCAAAUAUGGGCAUUGGAAUGCAGGCUUUUACUAACCUGUCUGUUAGGAACUGCCCCAUAUGCUCUCCCCUGUGUACUCUAAAGGCUCUGCCUGCAAGGGAAGGUGUGGACAAUGCCCUGUUUCUACCAUCACCACGCCUUAUCCUGGGAGCUUUGUCCUGAACCUCCAGAAAUUUUUCUCUCCUUCCAUUUUCUCCCAGGCCACCUCUGGAAUCAUAGAACCCUAGAAUUGGAAGGAAUCAUAGAGGUUAGUUGGAGUUCUGUCCAGCAGAGUUCAUUAACACCAACCUGGGCUUGUUUCUGCUCUUCUCUCUCACUUCCUUUCAUCUUUCCUUCCACCUCAAAACACUUGCACACAGACUCUUGUACAGGCACCAAACACUGAGGCUGUGCCCCUGUGAUUCCCAGCCUCCCCUUCCCCAGCCACUCACCCCAUCCUCUUGUGUGGUGUUUGGCCAGGCUGUCCUGGAGACUGGAGCAACCUUCCUUCUUUGCCUAGAAAGGUUGGUAUACCCCAGGCUCAAGGAGUGUGUGAGCAGAGGAGGACUGUGGGUUGAGAGGGAAGGAAAAUGAAGUUACUGCAAUGGAAGAUUCGAUUCUUUCCCCUUGAUUGCACCAACUGCAUGUACUUCGGCCUGGCUGCAAGGAACAAUAUCGGUUUACUCUCGUAUCCUUCAAAAGUUACAGAACUGUGUCUUAAGAGAAUUAUUUAUAGUUGGUAUAACUGAAUUGACAAAUGUCAACUUAACUGAUAAAUUAUAUUUGGUAAAAUA